CAAAACAAACCCAAUCACCCCAUAAAUGGACUGAAAUCUGACGGCCCAGAACCACCCUGUCCCCACACGUGCGAGCCGCAGGAUGUUUUUUUUUGGGUUCACCUGUUCUUGCCAUAAUCAUGAGAAGUAGAAUCAGAAGCAAGAGCCUUGGACGGACAGAGUUUGGAUUCUAAGAUUGUUUGUUUGAGUUAAACACGACAAAUUCAUAUACGUGUGCAUUACAUUUCUUCCCUCUUCCUCCUCCUCUUCUUAUCUAUCUCCCUCUCUCUCUCUCUCUCUCUUACCCUCCGUUUUUUAGUUGGAUUCCUCGGCUUUUUAGAUUCCGUUUCAGGUUUUUCCCAAUUCCAAAGACUCAUCAUCGUCAUCCCUUUAUAGAUUCACUUGGGACUCCAGAGCUAUGUCUUCAUCUUCUCGUGUUCUUCCCACUCCCCUAGAAAACAAGUAUAUGAAACCCCCAGAUUCUUGUCAUCUUUCACCUGCCAGUGAUCUGGCUGCAAAUUCUGUCUCAUCAAAUUUAAUCACAAGUGCUGGGAAGAUCAUCUCAUCACCCUCUGAAUAUCCUGAUGGCACCCCUUUUCCCUAUGCUUCACAGCAUGAUAGGCAAAAUGAAGAUCUCCCCUUUGUUUCUCAGACAUUGGGUGACAAUGUGUCUUCCGAAAUACACUCAACAACAUUCAUUUCUCACCCUCAUGAAAGCACAGAUAUUACCUGGGGACCAGAUCCCUUUCAGGAUAUUCUUGGCUUUCCCGAAAAUAUUUCUGCCCAGCAUGAUCAGGUGGUAGACAAUGCCUGUUACAUAAACGAUGAGAAUGUCAAAAGAACCGAUUUUGGGGAGUGGGUUGAUCAGUUAAUGUCAAUUGAUGAUUCUCUUCACCCAAACUGGAGUCAGCUUCUUGGUGAUGACAAUGCAGCAGAACCAAAACCAAAGGUUCCUCAGUUGCUGGAUAUACCAUCUGGAGAAGUUAAUGGCAAUUCAGCAGCAACCACACCACAGACUAAGACUAGAAUGCGUUGGACUCCAGAACUUCACGAGGCCUUUGUGGAAGCAGUCAAUCAGCUUGGUGGUAGUGAGAAGGCUACUCCAAAGGGUGUGUUGAAUCUGAUGAAAGUUGAUGGCCUUACCAUCUAUCAUGUAAAAAGCCACUUGCAGAAAUAUAGAACUGCCAGAUACAAACCAGAGCCAUCAGAAGGAACAUCAGAGAAAAAGACGACACCAAUAGAAGAAAUGAAUUCUCUAGACUUAAAAACGAGUAAAGGGAUCACUGAAGCAUUACGAUUGCAGAUGGAUCUCCAGAAGCGACUUCACGAGCAACUUGAGAUACAAAGAAAGUUGCAAAUUCAAAUCGAAGACCAAGGGAAACGUCUUCAGAUGAUGUUUGAGAAACAAAGAGAGAUGGGUGGCAAGAAGGUUAAUGGCUCCUCCGGAGAGGCAGCUGCUGCCACCGCCACCACCGCCACCACCGCCACCCCAUCAGACAAUGUGCAUCCUUCUUCUCCUCCAGUAGAAACCUCAAAUGAAGGACAUGAGAAAAUGAUGCAUGAAGAGAAGAAUGGAAGCACAAAGCAAAAAACAAGUGAAGGUGAAGAAGUGAUGAAUGAAGAUGAAGAUGAAAUUGCACCAGCUACAAAACGGGUGAAAAGUUCAUAACCGUUGGAUUGUUUGAUGGUUGUAGGAUGAUAAUUGGGAUGUAAUUCAUUGCCUAGAAUCGUUAAAUAUUCUUGGACUUGUUUGGAAUCCAUGGAAAUUGUAGAAAUAUUAUUGGAAGUUUCAACGUGCUUUUCGUCUUCUUUUUCCUCUAAAA